ACAAGUAACAGGGGCAGUUCAGUUCGUACAAUUAACCCCCACCAAGCACACUGUUUCUAAGAACGGGGCAAAAUACCGUGAAUACAAUUAUCUGUUCCGGCUAGUAGUAAUUCAAUGGCGAUUCUUCUUCCAUUGUUCACCAUAUCUUGUUCAGUUGACACAACCCAAAGACUUUCCUACACUCCUCACCGUACACCUCCCAAAAAACCCGAUUCUCUAUCCUCCAUUUCCUUAUCUCCUUCUACCACCCGUUCCAAUAUUUCCGUUUCGGACCUUCUUAGACGUGAAAUUCCCAAGUCUAACCAAGUGAAACCGGAUGGUACAUAUAUGGGGUACGACGUAUGGCUACCAAGUGCACCUAAAGUUGAGAAGCCUCGGUCGGUGUUUAAUGCUGCUUCGCUAGCUUAUAUUGGAGAUUGCAUCUUUGAGCUAUAUGCAAGAAGACAUUUUUUGUUCCCACCAUUGAGCAUCGAAGAGUACAAUGAUCGAGUCAUGGCGGUAGUACGUUGCGAGGCACAAGAUGCUAUGUUGCAGAAACUUAUGAGCGACAAUGUUUUGUCAGAAGAGGAAAGGGGUGUGCUUCGUUGGGGGAAAAACAUUGGUUCAAGCAAAACGAAGACGAAAAAGCGUGCUGGUGUGGCUGUUUACAACAGAGCGUCUUCACUUGAAACGCUUGUUGGUUAUCUCUACCUUACUAAUGUGCAAAGGCUUGAUGAAAUCAUGCUGAAGUUGGGCUUCUGCAUAGGUGACUCUACGCUGCCAAUUGCGGAGAGAAUAGAUGCUGAACUUUUGGAAUCGGAUAGAUGGUGGAACUUUCUUUUGCCAUUGGUACACCAAGGUGAUGUCGCUAGAAGAGAUGAAGUUCAUGAAGCGGAAUCUAUUUGAAAGAGACAGAUAUGUCCAAUAGCAUGGUGAAACAAAUGAGUUUCUCAAAAACAACAUUGUUUCUGGAGACUUGAGGAAGGUUGUUACCACUUCAUGUGCUUUCUCGUUCAAACUUCACAAGAGCUUGGAUGUGGGUGACUUUUGUAUGUCAACGCUUAGAUAGAAUAUAGGGUGUCGUGUUGGUUGUUCUUACAG